GUACACACAUGCAAAAUAAAUACAAGAAGGUGAAGAACAGCGGAUCAAUUGUUUUGUUUUUUCGAAAAUCAAUGAUGAGUUAUUAUAUCAAAUUCGUGAGUGUUUUAACAGAAAGAAAAUGUUAACAAAAAAGUUGUAAACCGAAAGGAGAACUAUUUUACCCAGGUGAAAGUUUGGAGUUCAGUCUACUUUCAUAUUUGGAAGCACAUCUUCUAUGGAAUACAAUUUGGACCGGUCACAAGACAAAAAUGGCAUCGAGCAUAAGCGGUGAGGAGGAGCGUAGCCUCCGAGACUGUGAGCAAUAUGUCCAGAAACACAACAUCCAGAAGCUGCUCAAGGACUGCAUCAUUCAGCUGUGCACGUCCCGGCCCGACCGGCCCAUGGCCUUCCUCAGGGACCACUUUGACAGACUGGAGAAGGAGGAGGCCCUGCAGAUGACUUCUCAGAGGAAGUCGAGUUCACGGUCAGACUCGCGUGAGGAAGAAGUUUCCCCGCCCAUGAACCCUGUGGUGAGGGGCCGGAACCGGAGAGGAGCCAUCAGUGCUGAGGUGUACACGGAGGAGGACGCUGCCUCCUAUGUCAGAAAGGUGAUCCCAAAAGACUACAAGAGCAUGGCGUCGCUGUCAAAAGCCAUGGAGAAGAACGUGCUGUUUGCACACCUGGACGACAAUGAGAGGAGUGACAUUUUUGACGCAAUGUUUUCUGUCAACUACAUUGCUGGAGAAACUGUCAUCCAACAAGGUGAUGAGGGGGACAACUUCUACGUUAUUGACCAGGGAGACAUGGAUAUAUAUGUGAACAAUGAAUGGGUGACGAGCAUUGGGGAGGGGGGCAGCUUUGGGGAGCUGGCUCUGAUCUACGGCACCCCUCGAGCAGCUUCAGUCCGGGCCAAGUCUGACGUCAAGCUGUGGGGCAUCGACAGAGACAGCUACAGGAGAAUACUGAUGGGAAGCACUUUGAGAAAGCGCAAAAUGUACGAGGAGUUCCUCAGCAAGGUGUCCAUUCUAGAGUCUCUGGAUAAGUGGGAGCGUCUGAUGGUGGCCGAUGCCUUGGAGACCGUGCAUUUUGAGGACAGCCAGAAAAUAGUGGUGCAGGGCCAGCCUGGGGAUGAGUUCUUCAUCAUUCUGGAGGGUACAGCCGCCGUGCUGCAGAGGCGUUCCGAGGACGAGGAGUUUGUGGAGGUCGGCAGACUGGGACCCUCAGACUACUUUGGUGAGAUCGCCCUGCUGAUGAACCGGCCCCGGGCUGCCACUGUUGUUGCAUUGGGCCCCCUCAAGUGUGUUAAACUGGACCGGCCCCGGUUUGAGCGGGUGCUCGGCCCCUGCUCUGACAUCCUGAAGAGAAACAUUGAGCAGUACAACAGCUUUGUUUCCCUCUCGGUCUGAGCGCCUCAGACCACCUCUCUCUACUGCAGGGUGUAACACCCAUCUGCUUUAUUUUCCUGCUUCUCUCUUCACCUAGUACCACCCACAUGACCCCACAACAUGACUUCAACACGUCUGAUACUCCUUUCUUUGAUCUCUUUUUGUAGAUGUACUCAGGAGAUGUCAUUUAUUUUCUAUGAAGGGAGGAGCGUCAUCACCUUAACUUGUAAAUAACCACAUAGGUAUUUUGUUCACUUUGAAAGUGUGGCUUGGAUGAAAUAAUGCUGUGUGUUCACACUGCUCACUGGGAGUUCAGAGGUCUGUUACAAGUUCUAGAAGUACAGGGAGCUCAUCAUAACUAGACAUUAAGGAUCAAAUGUAAUCUACAGUCUAGUUGCCAGCAGAGUGAACCCAGAAAUGUUGAGUACCCCAAAGUUUUCUGAUAGAAAUGUAUAGUAUGCAUCCUCAGCACAAAGAAACUUCUGGAUGCUAAACAUGCUUUCAAUAACACAAGUUACAUUCAUUAGCAUAUGCAUGCAAUAGCUAGUUAUCAUUUUGGAGUGCUCUUGGAGGUUAAUGAGAAUGUUGAAUACAUUUCUGACAUUUUCAGGAUCAAAAAUGGCAGUUUUGAGUCCCCUAAACAAGAGACCCAAAAUUCUUUAAAAUCCCUCCCCCGAGACUACAAAUAUGGCCUCUUUCUGGUUAAAACUGCCAUUUUUGAUCCUUUUAAUGUCAGAAUCCUCAGAAACCUCCAAAUUGUCCAAAUCGUCCAAUCUGUAACUAUUGUCUGCAUAUGCUUAUUUAGGCUAAAUGUGCAAAUUGCCCAACAUAUGCAGGUUAGCAUCCGGCAGUUUCUAUGUGGUGGGGACCCCUACUAUACAUUUCUGACACCAAAAUUUGGGUUACUCAACAUUUCCCGGGUUUACUAUCAGCAAACGGACUACUGUCUUGAUAGAACGUGCAUAUGCAAUAGCUGAUGUAAAUAGAUGAGUCAAAUUAGGACGGGAUAUAAAAGUGUGUAUAGAAAUACAGCAUGCGUUGAUAGAUAUGUUCCAUGGUUUGAUGGUGAACAAUGAUAGUUUCUCAGUAUCAGGUUAAAGAUGUUGACAGUGUGACUUCACAGUGAGUUGCUUCAUCUCCAGCGUUCAUGGAGAGGCUUUCUGUUUGUGACGGUUUGUUUUCUUUUGCGCAUUGUUGAGAUGUGUUUAGCCACGUUAGCAUCUGGGUUCAGCCCGUGUUGGUUAGCUGCUUUGGUCCGGACUGAAAUAUCUCAGCAACUAUUAGACAAUCCCUCCAUGUCCCCCUCAGGAGAUCUGCUGAUGUUGCUUAAGCACCACUCCCAGCAUUUGAAUUGGUGCAGUGCUUUGAUAGAAAUUAUAACACGUUGAGGUCUCAGCUCAGAACAGCGGGGCUCCACUCUCCUGUUUAUUGUUUUAUUUUCUUCCUGCUUUUUAUCUGGCUUGAUUAUGGACACGCUUUUCUUAAAGGGUUGCCUUGACAUUCAGAUAAUUCCCUGCGUAUGGUCACACAGUUUGACAGAGGUACCACUACCAGCUGUGCACCUACAGCAUCCAUAUAAUCCCACCUUAAACCUUUCUGCCGUUUCCUUUCUCCUCACCCAUUGCUUAUUUUAAUUGAGCUUUUAAUUCAAACUUCUCCAUUUCCUCUUCCAUUGUUAGAAAUGUGGUUCUUUUUCAUUUAGGUUUUAAUUACAUUUUUAUUUUUAUCAAAUGUUUUACAUUUGAAAAUGUAACUAUUUAAAUGUUAUAUUUGGCAGUGUGAGGUACAGCAAAUGCAUAACACACUUAAAUAUCCUGGUAUCCCAUUCUCUCCCUUGAUCAUAUAAUAUUUACAGCUGUGCUACAAAUCUAUAUAUUGAGAGUAAAUUUUAAAAUGUUGCCAAUUUUAUGAUAUACAAAAGUAUGUAAUCAAAGAGACAAAUGUUGAUAUGCUCUUGAGUCCACUGUGAAGGGUGCUCCUGUCAUCUAAAGCAGGAGCAGGUCAAUGCUUACACAAGGGAAAAGCAGUACAUUGUUCUGCAGUAAAUAUGGAAAACACAUAAAUCAUAACCAGCUGGUUCUGAACAUGAUACUGACAAUUUCCAUAUUUGCUUUUUUUAGGCAGAUGCUUGACUCUUUCACUGCAAAUAUAAGUCAAGCUCCCCAAAACCCUGGAUUUCUCAUAAAAACAAUCAGUACCAUCAUUUGUUAAAUGCCACAGCUUCUCACAGAAACCCCUUUACUGUAAAGAAUUACGAGUUUUCAAAUGUUAAAUGUUGUGCAGCCCUUCACUGAGAAGCUCUAAGGUCAAAAAGGAGGAGGAGGGUGUGAUGCUUGAGUACUUGAGAUACAGGCCCUUCUUAGAGUUAACAAACCUUCAGGUGUGUUCCUUGUUACAAGCGUGUAUUUGGAGGUACAGUGUGUAAGCCAAAGUGUCAAACAGGCCCUGCCUCACAUGCUCUCAUGCUGAAGCUGGUCAUUCUGUCCCCUCUGCUCUCAGAUGGAGACAGUUUUUAUUUUUUUGAGCUUGCAGUUUAUUGAUGUGUUUGAUAUAUAUUUUUGUAUAAAACACCAGUGUUAAAUGUCUCUGAACUUUUAUGUUUUUCAAAGAUGUCUUAAGAGUGUUGCACCCAUGUGUAGAGUAGUGUCACUUUGACUCGUAACUGUAUUAUUAUUAUUAUAUCAGCUAUGUUUUCUGACUUUAUAGAACUUCUGACUCACUCACAGAUGGGAAACUAAACGAUCGAAAGCUGAUGAGUAUGUGGAGCUGGGUGAGUGUUUGUACAGCUCACUGCUCCUCUCUGCAGAUCUCUUCAGAGGACCAUCGUUUCUGUAGUUUUUGUGCCUUUCUUCAGACCGGAGUGAUUGUGCUUAAAUGUGUGUGUUUUGGAUUCCUCUGUAGGCUGUAUUUACAGCGGUUCAAGCAAUAAAGAGAUUUGAAUGUUGCCUAAUAUCCUAACCCACAUUUAGUUUCAACAUCUGUUUCAUUUUCAAAUUUCUGUCCCAUGCUUAUAAUGUUCUUAUAUUUGAAGUACAUUUAAUUUCCUGUAUUUUCAUCGUAUUCUACGUUCUUGUUCAAUGAUUGUAAAACUAAGAUAAAAAUCUACUUUGUAUCUGUGAGUUGAACUCUUCUGCCAACUGUGUUCCAAGACUGCAACUGCACUUAUUACAAAUUAAAAGUGUCUCAUUUAACCUUUAA